CCCUCCGCGCCCAGUCCUCCGCGUCUCCUUCUCCUCCUCCGUCCUCUCCUCCGUCCAUCUGCCCGUCCGCUCCGUCGGAGCCCGACCACCGCCGCCGCCGCCAUGGAAGCCAUCAAGAAGAAGAUGCAGAUGCUGAAGCUGGACAAGGAGAACGCCAUCGACCGGGCCGAGCAGGCCGAGGCCGACAAGAAGCAGGCCGAGGACCGGUGCAAGCAGCUGGAGGAGGAGCAGCAGGGCCUUCAGAAGAAGCUGAAGGGCACCGAGGAUGAGGUGGAGAAGUACUCGGAGGCCGUCAAGGAGGCCCAGGAGAAGCUGGAGCUGGCCGAGAAGAAGGCCGCCGACGCAGAGUCCGAUGUGGCCUCCCUGAACCGGCGCAUCCAAUUGGUAGAAGAGGAGUUGGACCGGGCCCAGGAGCGCCUGGCCACCGCUCUGCAGAAGCUGGAGGAGACCGAGAAGAUGGCGGAUGAGAGCGAGAGAGGCAUGAAGGUCAUCGAGAACCGUGCCAUGAAGGACGAGGAGAAGAUGGAGCUCCAGGAGAUGCAGCUGAAGGAGGCCAAGCACAUCGCAGAGGAGGCCGACCGCAAAUACGAGGAGGUGGCUCGGAAACUGGUCAUUCUGGAGGGAGACCUGGAGCGUUCUGAGGAACGGGCAGAGGUGGCCGAGAGUAAAUGUGGGGACCUUGAGGAAGAGCUGAAAAUUGUCACCAACAACCUCAAGUCCCUGGAGGCCCAGGCCGACAAGUACUCCACCAAGGAGGACAAAUACGAGGAGGAGAUCCGGCUGUUGACGGACAAGCUCAAGGAGGCCGAGACCCGGGCAGAGUUUGCAGAGCGGUCCGUGGCCAAGUUGGAGAAGACCAUUGACGACCUGGAAGAGCGGUCCCGGCAGGAGGCGGAGAAAAACCGUCUCCUCACCAACGAAUUGCGCCUUGUCCUCAACGGCCUCCACAACUGAGUUUUGGGAGUGGGGUCUUUUCAGGAGGGUGGAGUGGCCCUCCUUUUGGGAGGGUGGAGUGGCCCUCCUGUGUUGCGACUCUUGCCUAUAUAACCAGGAGGAAGGUCUUCUUCUUUUGCAUCCCCCCCAUUUGGACCAAUGCAAGGAAUGAUGCUUUUUUGGGACCAUGCCAUGCCUCUCUCCCUUCCCGCCCAACAUUGUUGACUGCGGGGCCUUUGCAUGGUGGCCCCAUUUACGUUCAUUCAUGGGACGCGAUCCUGUUUAGUGCUGCCACGGCUCUCUUCUUGCCUCUGCCGCUUCUCUGCUCUUCUCUCUUUUUUUGGGAAAAGGAGGAAAAAAAAUAGUAAAAACAAAGACAAGAGCAAAUAAGGAGAUUUUUAUUAUAUGUAAUACAGUAGAGUCUCACUUAUCCAACAUAAACGGGCCAGCAGAACGUUGGAUAAGCGAAUACGUUGGAUAAUAAGGAGAGAUUAAGGAAAAUCCUAUUAAACAUCAAAUUAGUUUAUGAUUUUACAAAUUAAGCACCAAAACAUCAUGUUAUACAACAAAUUUGACAGAAAAAGUAGUUCAAUACACAGUAAUGCUAAGUAGUAAUUACUGUAUUUACGAAUUUAGCACCAAAAUAUCACGAUGUAUUGAAGACAUUGACUACAAGAAUGUGUUGGAUAAUCCAGAAUGUUGGAUAAGCGAGUGUUGGAUAAGUGAGACUCUACUGUACCUAACAACACUAAAUCUCAAGCAAAGACACUCACCUAAGACAUACCUACACUAAUGAAAACAUACCAGACAUACAACUACUGGAGCUAGGCUAUGAAGGCCAUACCCGCUUUCUGCUGAUUUCUACCUCUCAUCCUAUUCCAGUCAUGGCCAACCUAUGACACGCGUGUCAGCACUGACACGCCUAGCCAUUUUUGCUGACACGCUGCCGAAGGCAGAUUGAUUGGAGGACUAAUGUCUUUUGUGGCCAAAUUUGGUGUGAUUCGGUCCAGUGGUUUUGCUGUUUACUCCAUGGGAAUUAUGCACAUUACACACACACACACACACACAUAUAUAAUCAUUCUAUUAUUAUUCUGUUAUUAUUGUAUUUAUUUAUUAUUUAUUUACAGUAUUUAUAUUCCGCCCUUCUUUCUCACCCCGAAGAGGACUCAGGGCGGAUUACAAUGAACACAUUUAUGGCAAACAUUCAAUGCCAACAGACAAACAGUUUUAGACAGACACAGAGGCAUUUUUAACAUCUUUCCAGCUUCACGAUUCCGGCCACAGGGGGAGCUGUUGCUUCACCGUUUCUGGCUGUUCUUCCUCAUUCUUUUCCUCGUGUUUUGCUGGCAGUUUUAUGGUGUUGUAGAUUAGUUAAAUUAGCCUCCCGCAUAAAGCGUACCUAAAUUUUCCCUACUUGACAGAUGCAACUGUCUUUCGGGGCUGCAUAGGUCAACAGCAAGCCGGGGCUUUUUUUUUUUUAUGGUCGGAGGCUUAACCCGACCCGGGCUUCGAACUCAUGACCUCUCGGUCAGUAGUGAUUUAUAGCAGCUGGUUAUUAUUAUUAUUAUUAUUAUUAUUAUUAUUAUUAUUAGAAUCAUAGAAUAGUAGAGUUGGAAGAGACCACAUGGGCCAUCUAGUCCAAUCCCCUGCUAAGAAGCAGGAAAUCGCAUUCAAAGCACCCCCGACAGAUGGCCAUCCAGCCUCUGCUUAAAAGCCUCCAAGGAAGGAGCCUUAUAAUAAUAUAAUAAUUAUAUAUAAUAUAAUAAUAAUUAUUAUUAUUAUAUUAUAUUAUUCAUGAUUCAUGACUACAUUGAAAUUAGAAUAGAGAGAAAUCAGCAUGGAAACUGCAAGAGGUACCAUAGAUUGUUGUACAUGGAAAUACAGUAGAGUCUCACUUAUCCAACGUUCUGGAUUAUCCAACGCAUUUUUGUAGUCAAUGUUUUCAAUACAUCGUGAUAUUUUGGUGCUAAAUUUGUAAAUACAGUAAUUACUACACAGCAUUACUGUGUAUUGAACUACUUUUUCUGUCAAAUUUGUUGUAUAACAUGAUGUUUGGGUGCUUAAUUUGUAAAAUUAUAACCUAAUUUGAUGUUUAAUAGGCUUUUCCUUAAUCCCUCCUUACUAUCCAAGAUAUUCGUUUAUCCAAGCUUCUGCCGGCCCGUUCAGCUUGGAUAAGUGAGACUCUACUGUAUAUUAUUAUAUUAUUACUAUUAUAUUAUUAUUAUAUUAUUUAUUAUUCAUGACUACAUUGAAACUACAACCGAGAGAAAUCAGCAUGGAAACUGCAAGAGGUCCCAUAGAUUGUUGUACAUGGAAAUAAGGGUAGUAAAUAGUUUUUGAUUCAUUAAAUACAGUUAUAUAUUACAAUUAUAUAUUUUUGUUAUUUAAACUAUAUAUAUUGCGAAAUUAUGGUUUUUUUUCUCAAAGUGACACACCACCCAAGUCAUGCUAGGUUUUUUGGUGAAUUUUGACACACCAACCGCAAAAGGUUGCCCAUCAUUGUCCUAUUCCCAGGAUUCCCUAGCUGUUUUGCAGUAAUAGUGGUAUCAAACCGUUUCAUCUCCAAAGUGCGGUUGCACCCUCCGUUAAUGGAGUAUGCUUCCAACCCAAUUUGCAAUAAUAAUAAUAAUAAUAAUAAUAAUAAUAAUAAUAAUAAUAAUAAUAAUUUUAUUUGUAUCCCGCCACCAUCUCCCCCGGAGGGGACUCGGGGCAGCUCACAGAAAUAUCAAAUACAAAACAAUAACAAUAUACAAUACAUCAUUAGACAAUAACAUGCUCCGAUUGUAAUAUUUUCACAUUAACCAAGAAGAAUAAAAACACGCUCAUUAAAAGCAUAGAAUUUAAAAACAGUGAGGUUGUAAUAGUAGAUUAGCAAAGUGCAUAUUAUAAGUUGCAGACUCAAAAUAUAGAUAAAGUGCUGAAAUUGGUGGGAAAGUCACAAGAUUAAAAGCAGGGAGGUUUCCAAAGUAGCUGGAAACCUGGAACCGGAGAGGAUUCUUAGGAUCCUAGAGUUGGAAGAGACCCCCAGAGGACAUCCAGUCCAACCCCCUUCCACCAGGCAGGAAGGGACAAUUUAAUCCUUCCUGAGAGAUGGCCAUCCAGCCUCUGCUUAAAGACCUCCUAAGAAGGAGACUCCAAUGGAUUCCCAUGCAGCCUGUACUCUGUUAAGUUUGGAAGGGACCUCCAGAGGCUAUCUAGUCCAACCUCCCGACAGAAAGGCACAAUCUAAUCCCUCCUGAGAGACAGCCAUUUAGCUUCUGCUUAAAGACCUCCAGAGAAGGAGAGAGGCUCCAAUGGCAGCCUAUAUUCUGUUCAGUUUGGAAGGGACUCCCAGAGGCCAUCUAGUCCACCCCUUCUACCAGGCAGAAAGACACAACUUAAGCCCUCCUGAGAGAUGGCCAUCCAGUCUCUGCUGAAAGACCUCCAAUGGAUUCCCAGGCAGCCUAUAUUCUGUUAAGUUUGGAAGGGACUCCCAGAGGCCAUCUAGUCCACCCCUUCUACCAGGCAGAAAGACACAAUCUAAUCUCCCUGAGAGAUGGCCAUCCAGACCUCCAGAGAAGGAGAGAGACUCCAGUGAAUUCCCAGGCAGCCUAUAUUCUGUUCAGUUUGGAAGGGACUCCCAGAGGCUAUCUAGUCCACCCCUUCUACCAGGCAGAAAGACACAAUCCAAUCCCUCCUGAGUGAUGGCCAUCCAGUCUCUGCUUAAAGUCCUCCAGAGAAGGAAACCCCAAUGGAUUCCCAGGUAGCCUAUAUGCUGUUACGUUUGGAAGGGACCUCCAGAGGCCAUCCAGUCCACCCCCUUCUGCCAGGCAGGAAGAUUAUUUCAAGCUCUCUGCUCUUCUCUCUUCUGAGCUACUGAUCCUGUCGCCUUUCUGCUCCUCCUCUUUGGGGACUGAGCUCCAGUGCUGCCGGUCAGUGGAUUGGGGCCAAGGCGGGGGGCAGGGGUCCUGCCCCAUUGCCCUAAAUGGAGGGCACUUGGAGGCACACGUCUUCCACCUGGACUGACUUCUCCCUUGGUGUGUGUGCGUGUGCGUGUGCCUUUGAAUCUCCUCCAUUGAUUUCUCCCUUUGGGGUGCUUCUGCCCCGCCUUGUGUCUCUUCCUCCUCCUCCUCCUCCUCCACUUUUGGGGUGCCUCCUGCCCCCCGCUUUCCGGCUGUGGGUGUGCCUUGUGUGCCUGCCCUCCGUUGUUGUGUCCGCAGAGAACCUGGCCAGCGCCAAAGAGGAGAACGUCAACAUCCACCAAGUCCUGGACCAGACGCUGCUGGAGCUCAACAACCUCUGAGGGGUCAAGGGGCCCUCUCCCACGCCCCUGCCCCCCGCCUGCCACUGACCCACAGCAGCUCCUCCAGGGCCCAGCCUCUCCCGCACUGCCCCUUCCAGGCUCCGCAUUAAAGCAGCAAGAUGAUCAACAGCCAA